AUGUGGUCUGUGAAGGUUGAGUACUUCCUGUUUGUGAAGGUUGAGUACUUCCUGUUUGUGAAGGUUGAGUACUUCCUGUCCUCUCACUUCAGCCUCCGUGGAAGUAACAAACCUUAUAAGGAGUUGUUUUUUAUUCCAGAGGAGAUCAAGAACCCGAAGCUUCGCCGGAACCGGUUCACCGGGUCAGACCUGAUACGCAUGAGGAGUGGCACCCCCACCUGUUCUCCGUCUCCUCGUCCUGCAGAAGAAUGUUCCUCCAUGUCCGUCCGUCUUCGGGCGUUCAGGUUGAGGACUUCCUGUAACUUCACGACUCUGAAGGAGCAGCAGCUGCAGCAGAUCCAGGCUCCGUCCACCACGUUCUACCUGCCGGUUCUGUACCUGGUGGCGUUCUGCGUGGGUCUCCCGUCCAACGCCGUGUCUCUGUGGGUUCUGCUGUUCAGGACGAAGCGUCUUCCGUCCACGACGUUGUUCAUCAACCUCACCGCCGUCGACUGCCUGCUGCUGCUGGCGCUGCCGUUCCGCAUCGUGUACCACUUCCGGGGGAACCGCUGGGAGCUGGGCGAGCCGUUCUGCCGCGUCGUCACGGCGAUGUUCUACGGCAACAUGUACGGCUCGGUGUGGUGCCUGGCGCUGGUGGCUCUGGACCGCUACCUGGCGCUGGUCCACCCGUUCAGAGCCCGGACGCUCCGCGGCAGGAAGACGUCUCUGUACAUGUCGGCGUCGGUCUGGUUGGUGGUCCUGGCGGCCGCGCUGCCGCUGCUGGCGUCGCGGCAGACCUACUUCCUGGACGAGCUGCAGAUCACCACGUGCCACGACGCGCUGCCGCAGGACGAGCAGGAGAACUACUUCCUGCCGUACUUCGUCACCUUGUUCUCCGUCUGCUUCCUGCUGCCCUUCGGCGGGAUCCUGUUCUGCCACGGCUCCGUGCUGCGCACCCUGGCGGCCGGGGGGAGGCGCUACCGUCACUCCGUCCAAGCGACGGUCCUGGUGCUGGUGGUGUUCGUCGUCUGUCUGUUGCCUAGCAACAUCCUCCUCCUCCUCACGUACGCCGACAGCUCGCUGGACGGAGACGGCGAGGACCUCUACGUGCCGUAUAUGGUUAGCUUAGCGGUUAGCGCCUUCAACAGCUGCAUCGACCCGUUCAUCUUCUACUACAUUUCCACCGAGUUCAGGAUCAAAGCAGCAGCCGCUCUGUGUUGCCACGGCGACGCAGGAGAUCUGUGUUGCCACGGCGACGCCGAGGACAAACCAUCCUCUCAGGGACACAAUUCAUCAUCAUCAGGACUCAGGUCAAAGGUCACCCUGCUGUCCAUCACCAGCCAGCAACCCUGGAGAACCCUGGAGAACCCUGGAGAACCCGAACCCGAACCCGAACCCAGCUCAGAGAGAUCUCACACUGCUCCUGUUAGGACACGAUACAAGAACUCCAGGAUUCAAGGAUUCAAGGAGCUUCCUUGGGAUUAUUUCCGUUUCGUGACGUCACAUUACCGUGACGCCGCGGCGGUAAACAGUGUGACGUCACAUUACCGGGACGCUGCCGGUUAUGGAGGGACGAAGGUGAAGUGA